AUGUUUAGUACGCCCAGUUUACGUGAAUUAUGCCUUUGCCUCUUCAUAUUCCUUAUUCAUUCAUCCAUUUACGUUUAUGGAGCUAAGGAAAAUUAUAAAAAUCGUGGCCAAAUCAUUGGCCAACAUAAUGGCAAUUUGCUGCUCGAAACAGCCAACGAUCGGAAUAUAACUGUUCGCCUAAUGGGCGAUGCAGCCACAAUUCUAGUGAAUGAUGUGGAUAUUAUGGAAAUAUUUCGACGACGACAGCGUGCAAUUGCAGCCCUUAAGGCAAAUGAGCGACGAGAACCGUUAUCCUUGGAGCCAAUAAAAGGACAAUUUCGUAUAACUAAUCGCAAUUUGGUUAAAUUGGAAAGACGUUUGAAUAGAUUAUCAAACGGCACGAAACGAAAUGGUGUUAGCCAAAGGUUGUUACGAAAACAAAAACAACGUCUUCAACGAAUCGAAGACUCUAUACAGAAUGUGCAAAAGAGUCUUGUCAAAGAUGAGUGCAAAUCCAAUCCGUGUAAAAAUGGUGGAAUUUGUUAUGAUGCUUACGAGGCAUUUCAUUGCGAAUGUCCAGCCGGUUGGCAAGGACCCACAUGUGAAGAUGAUGUCAAUGAAUGCUUCGAUUUAGCUGGCACCGAUCUGGCAGCAUGCCAGAAUAAUGCUCAAUGCAUUAACACUCCGGGCAGUUACCGAUGCGUUUGUCGCAAUGGCUUUACGGGAACGCAUUGCCGUCUGCGUCAUAAUGCUUGUCUUGCCGAACAGUCAAAGGAGCUGUGCGGUGAUCAUGGGACAUGCAUUCAUUCGAAUGCAAAUGCUGAUGGCUUUGUAUGCAUCUGUGAUCAGGGCUGGACAUGGGCAAAUACGAAUGCAACUGUACCGAAUUCAAAUCCAUGCACCAAAGAUGUGGAUGAAUGUCGUCCGGAUAUCAAUCCAUGUCAUAGAGAUUGCAUCAAUUUGCCUGGCUCAUAUCGAUGUGGCCCAUGUCCGCCGGGCUAUACGGGUGAUGGCAAAAAUUGUCGUGACAUCAAUGAGUGUGCGCCAGGCGAGGGAUCGGGCGAGGAGAAUGGUGGUUGUAGUCUUCAACCUCGUGUGGCGUGCAUCAAUACGGAGGGCUCGUAUCGUUGCGGACGCUGUCCUCCUGGCUGGAAUGGAGAUGGACGCACUUGCAAGGCAGCCGAUUCGAAUACGUGCAAUGGCGAACAAAUUUGCCAUACGCAAGCCACUUGCGAAAUGAUCUCACAGACGAUGGUCUGCAGUUGCCGCGAAGGUUUCUACGGACAUGGUUAUGGGCCGAAUGGUUGUACCGAGGAUUCCGAUCGCCAGCCCUGCCAAGAGCAUUUGUGUCAAAAUAAUGGCACAUGUGUAUUAAAUGGCGGGCGUGGCACUAGCUGCAUAUGCCAGCCCGGCUAUACGGGUGCCCUGUGCAAUCAGUCAGAUGCCUGUCAUCCAAAUCCUUGCCGAAAUAAGGGUACUUGUCGACUAAUAUUGCCCAAUGACUUCACUUGCAAUUGUCCGCAUGGGUAUACCGAUAAGAAAUGUUCAAGUUUGCGUUUCUAUUGCGGAUCGACGGUGCGAGCAGCCAGAGGAACUUUACGGUUUCCCCCCAAUAACGAGGAGAGUACCUAUCAGCCGGAUGAGCGCUGUCCGUUCAUAAUACGCACUACGCCUGGUUCGGUGCUGAAUGUGACCUUUAAUCAAUUCGAUUUACAAAAUUCGACAAAUUGCAAAUCAGAUUUUCUGCAAUUGCAUGAUGGCGGUUCUCUGGCUGCCCGGCGUAUAGGCACCUAUUGUGGUUCCACAUUGCCCGAAGGUAAUGGAACAAUCAUUGCGACGCAUGGACAAAUAUUUUUCUGGUUCCUAUCGGACAAGCGGAUAGAAGGACGUGGCUUUAAUCUAACCUGGUCGUCACAGCCAUUGAGUUGUGGUGGUGAGAUAACAAUACCAACAAUAACGCAAAAUCAAAGCGGCAUUAUACGAUCGCCGGGCUAUCCGGGUAAAGCUCCUCCACGUGCCGACUGUCGUUGGCUAAUAACAGCUCCAUUUGGUACUCGCCUGGUAUUACGUUUCUUUGACAUUACCCUCGGGGGUAAUCGGAAUACCAAUUGUAGCCAGGAUUCGCUCAUUAUCCAUGACGCAGAUCGUCAAAUAUUUGUGGCCUGUAAUUCAAUUCAACCAUCACCAUUGUACAGCUCGUCGAAUAAAUUACGUUUGGAUUUCCAUACGGAUGCCCAUUAUUCAGAUAGUUCAUUUCAACUGCACUAUGAAGCGGUGCCCGGUGUACCUGGUUGUGGUGGCAUCUAUACGGAGCCAACUGGUCGGAUAAGUAGCCUAAGGAAUUCAGAAAUUUGCCUAUAUCUCAUUCAACAACCAUCGGGCACACAAAUCCAAUUAAACUUUCUGCAAAUAAAUCUGCCCCGUGUCCCAAUGUGUCAGUUACGAAAAAUUGAAAUAUUUGAUGGUCGCACAGAUACGGAUCCGCUGCUAAAACGUUUUUGCGAGAAACCAUUAGCAAGUGAACUAGAGCCAAUAAUAUCAACUGGCGAAGUUGUUCUCAUUCGAGUGGAAAAUAAUUUGGGGGGAUUGUUACGUAACAGAGGCUUUGAAUUAACCUACACCCGAGUUUGCAAUUAUAAUAUCAGAGAUUCUAAUCCUGGUAUUAUACAAACACCAAAUUAUCCUGGCGCAUUUUUCAGUGGUUUAACCUGCACCUUCCUCAUACAGGGACCAAUUCAUACGGCAAUCGAAUUAAAAAUCACUGAUUUAUCUUUUAGCCUCACUGAUUCUGUUACAUCAGAUAAUAAUUAUUUGGAUAUCUAUUUGACACGUGAUGAAAAGCGACGAUACAACAAAACAAUGAGAAAUACCAUCGUUGUAACCAAAUUGAAUGAGGCUCGUGUAAUAUUUCAUGGUUCUGGUACGGGACGUGACAUUGGCCGGGGCUUUCGUAUUGAAUAUAGUUUUACACACACAAUUUGUGGUGGCAUCGUAGCACAACCUGUAGAACACAAAAUUCAAUUUAUAAGCGAUCACUUUUGUCAAUGGAUAAUUGAGAUUCCAGGUAGAAAACUUGUACAGAUGUCCAGUUCGGCGAGUGCGUCUAUCAUGGUGUUUGAUAAUAGCACUAGUAGAGAGGGAUACCUUUUGGUCAGCAAAAAUGAAGUCAGGAAUCGUGUAAUUUCUAUACCUCAGACAUUUGUACUUAAUGAACAUUUUGAUGCAAAUAUACUGACAAUCAACUGGAAGGCAAGCACGAUGGCAAUAGUUGGAUUAGCAGUGCAACCAGCAACUGAAGUUUGUGGAGGCACAUACACCCAUCGCUAUGGCAUAAUCAAGUCACCAAAUUGGCCACGACCUUAUGGUUCAGAGGAAGAAUGUAUAUGGCUAAUUCGGGCACCUUUGGGAUAUCGUAUUGAGCUUAUUGUAAAUAAUUUUACCCUGGAAAGGGUAUUGGAUCAAUGUCAUACAGAUUAUCUGGAAGUUAGGAAUGGAGAUAUGAUUUUGUCGCCACUUAUAGGACGAUAUUGUGGCACUAACAUUCCAUCGCGUAUCCCGUCAUUUGGCAAUGCUUUAUAUGUUCGAUUCAAAUCAGAUGAUUCUGUCGAAAUGGACGGAUUCCAUAUGAAUUGGCAAUUUGUUGAAUCCGGUUGCGGCGGAAAACUUAACAGCCCAGAGGGAUCAAUCCAUUCACCGCACUCGGGUCUUGAAACUAGCGGUGCGGUGGCUUGCGACUGGCAAAUUGUGGUGGCCCAGGGUUCUACAAUUACGAUACGUUUACAGAGCUCCGACCUUGGUGUAUGUGGUGGUCAGCUUAUAAUUUAUGAUGGUCCCACCACUCAGAAUCGUCCGAUGCGUUUAAAAUGUACUCGAGAAUUCUCAAAACCCAAUAUUGACAUUACCAUACGCUCCUCAACGAAUCGUGUCCUAGUGCGGUAUGAUGUGAGCAACGAUGAACCGGAUGGCAUUAGUUUCACAUUAGAUUAUGUCACCAAUUGUAAAGUUCGUUUGGAACAAAUGUUCGGAGCUAUUGAGACACCGAAUUUUCCUGAAAAUUAUCCGGAGAAUUCGAAUUGCGAGUGGGAUUUACGAGCCGGCGAUGGCAAUAACCAUAUACAGUUGGCUUUCUCGCAUCUUAAGUUGGAUUGUGUCUAUGAUUUCACAAUGCUUCAGGAUAUGCAAAAUGAUCAAAUUCUUGGCCAACGGCGCUUAUGCAAUCAUGACAAACAGGAUGGUCCAAUAACUAGCGAGGGAAAUCGUUUCCUUUUGAGUUUCUCAAGUGAUUUCUCUGAUAGUAAUCAGGGUUUUCAUGCCGAAUACAAACGAGUGGGCUGCGGCGAAAAAUUGCAAGGCUAUGGCGGACAUCUCGAAUCACCGAAUGCUCCGUAUGGUGUGGAUUUGGAUUGCUAUUGGCAAAUUAGCGUGCCGGAAGGUAAACGCAUACGAUUAGUUAUAAAUGAAUUGCACAUUGAAACGAACGAACAGGAUUGUAGUCAAGAUGCUCUAACCGUUGCCGUACCCAUGAUCAAUGGCGGUCAUAAUUAUUCAUCCACCUCUGUAUUACUACGGAGUUGUCAGAUAGAAACCUCUACGCAGACAUUCAAAUCACCGGGCAACGAAUUGAAUGUGCAUUUUCGUAGCAGUAAAACGAGAGCACGUAAAUACUUUAAAGCCUCCUAUGUUCAGUUGCCAGCAUCUUGUGGUGGCUUAUCAAGCAGUAGCAAUGGCCUAAUAACCAGUCCUGGUUUUCAUGAUCAGGAGGAUGGUGAUCCAAUAAAUAUUAAUGCUGCUGAUCUGGAAUGCGAUUGGCAAAUACAGGUUCCGAAUAGUUAUGGCAUUAGUCUACAAUUUGAGUACUUUAAUUUAACCGAUUCGCCCAAUUGUUCGGCUGCGUUUAUUGAGCUGUCGAAACUGGAUGCCGAUGAUAGUGAACAUUUUCUGGAGCGAGCUUGCGGAGAUGAGAAAUUGCUAAUACGUUUGGUCCAUGGCAAUAAGUUGCGAGUACGCUUUAUAGUUAAAGCAAACAGUUUCGGAAGAUUUGCCCUACGAUAUGAGCGGCAAUGUGGUGGACCUUUACCAUCCGGUGAGGGUUACAUAAAAUCUCGAUUAGAUGAGAACUGUCGAUGGUUGCUCUCAUCGCCGGAGGGUAGCAAAUUGAGUUUAACCAUUUUACAAUUGGAAUGUCCGGCGUGUGGUGUUACUAAUUGCACUAAUGGCCUUACCAUAUUGGAUGACGAUGAUGAGGUGAUGCUCAACUCAUUUUGUAAUACUCAUCCGGUCAAUUUGAUUGUACGAGCGAAUAAUGUGGCCAUCCUGGCGAAGGGUAUUAAUUUCUCUGGACGAUAUACAAAUAUUGCGAAUACCUGCGGUGGUGAAAUAUUAUCUGCACGUGGAACACUUACCACACCCAAUUAUCCGGACAGCUAUCCUGAAAAUGUUGAAUGUGUUUGGUCAAUUGCCGCGCAUGCGGGUAAUACAAUUGAGUUGACAUUCUCGCAGCUCGAUAUUGUUAAAUCGGAGCAUUGCAAUGAAGAUUUUCUCGAAAUACGUGCUGGACUGCAGGGACAAAUUCUAGGUCUUUAUUGUGACAACAAUAUGCCUGAUAGUCCACUUUAUGUGAAUUCAUCAGUUUGGAUUAAAUUCCGUAGCAUGCCGAAAAAUACGGCCAAAGGUUUUAUGCUUCGUUGGAAUUACGUGCACGAAAAUGAGAUAAUAGAACAAACAAAUGGAACAAUCGAAUCGCCGCCUACAUUAUCUGUAAUUGGCGAUUUCCAACCCUACAGUUGGCGCAUCUUUGUGAAACGGAAUAUGUUAAUAAUAAUGCAAUUCGUGGAAUAUAACUUUGGUCUAAUGUUAUACGAUGGCUAUGAUACAACAGCUUUGGGUGUCAAUAUAAAUAGUUCACCUUGGCAAUUUACAUCGAGCAGUAAUGUCCUUUAUUUAAAGACCACCAAUGCUGCGUUUAGUAGUUUUCGUGUAACAUGGCAUACAGUAAGCACUGAAGAAGUAGAAAAUAAUCGUACAAUUAGCAAUAAUCUAUGCCAUGAGGAGUUGACUGUGAAUAGUUUGGCAAGUGUUAUGGUAUCAUCACCUGGCUAUCCAAAUGGCUAUAAGACCAAUAUGAAUUGUGAAUGGAUUUUUAAGGCUAAAAAUAACUGGGAGCAUGUUUAUGUUGAUAUAUUGAAAGCUCGUCUUGAGGAUAUAAGCGAUUGCGGAGCGGAUUACUUACAGAUACAAAGUUCGAGUAAUUUAAACGAUUGGAAUACAGAGUUACGAGUUUGCAAUAUUUUGGAUAAAUCGCCUAUUCAACGAGUACAUGGUACACCGAAUCUACGAUUGCAAUUCGUGAGUGAUGCCAGCAUAAAUGGUACAGGUUUUGUUGCCCGUGUCCGAACGAAAUGUGGUUCAAAUAUGACUGGACCAGUGGGCACUAUUGCUUCUUCAAUGCUUACUACCAAUUGUGACUGGCAUAUAGAAGUAAAUGCAGGACGAAAAAUUGAUAUAACCAUACAGUAUGCCAAAAUCAAUAUGAAUAAUAUAACUUGCCCAUCAUAUGGACUGAUCUAUGAUGGCUUGGACAAUGCCGCCCCAUUGAUGGUCAACGGGAAAUUCUGUAAUCGACAUGAUUUUGCUACUGAAAAUUAUCGCACUAGCGGAUCACAUGUUUUCAUUAAGUAUGUGAUUGGUAAGACCUUAGUUCAAGUUCCGUUCAGUAAUUGGACACUCACAUAUCGAGAAUUCAAUGAAUGCAAUGGUGAAAUUCAACUAACUGAAUUGGCAAAUACCUAUAACAUAAGUACACCCGGUUAUCCCUACUAUCCGCAUCCGCAUGCCGAUUGUACAUGGCUGGUGAUUGGGCCCUCUGGUGAAACUAUUUCUGCAACUUUUGUCGAUCGUUUCGAUCUGAGUGUACGUCACUGUGAGGAGGAGUUUGUUGAAAUCUACGAUGGCUCCACCCAAAUGGCAAAUCGUCUACAUAAGAGUUGUAUACGGCCCAAGACGACAAUACGUAGCACGAGCAAUCUUCUGCUAAUACAUUAUCAAACCAAUCUGAUCGAACCACGCAGUGGUUUUCGUUUAAAUAUUUCGUUAAGUAAGUGCGGUGGGGUCUAUACCAGAUACUCUGAUUCCAUAAGCUCAGAGAACUACCCAGCUAUGGGUGCCUAUCCAAAAAAUACUGUGUGUACCUAUACCAUAAAGUUGGCAAUUCGUAUGUCUAUACAAUUAAAUAUUACGGAUUUGCAUUUGCCAUUCAAUAAUCAGGAGCAGGAUCCAACUAGAAUGGACUCCAUUGAAAUUAUUGAUCUCAUGGAUAUGGAUAGAGUUCUCAAUGUACUCUAUGGUAACACGACAACGCCCCUUCUUCUACCACUCUAUACAAAUGAGGUGGCCAUUCGGUUUAGGAGUGUGAAAAAUGUGAACAAUUAUCGCGGCUUCAAACUCACCUAUGAACGUGUAUUCGAAUAUUGUUCCCGAGAAGUGAAUGCACCAUCUGGAAAUUUGAAUAUACCAUUCCAACAGGUAUCAUUUGGCAAUCGAGCCUGUCGCUGGCGUAUUACCGUACCCAAGGGACAGCGAGUUCGUUUGGAACUUACGAAUCUUGGUGAUAUACAGGAAGUUAGACAAAAUGUAACAAGUAUCAGACCUCCCAUUGGACUUGAUAUAUAUAAUCGUUUUCCCCAACCGACAUUUUCAUUCUACAACGAUGAAUGGCGAAGAUCCGAUAUAACUAAAUUCAAUUUAAUUGGAUACAAUGGCAGCGGUAUUAUUGAGUCAACAGAUAAUUACAUGCUUGUCGCAAUAUUAGUAUAUAAACUGAAUUUGGCUACAACCACACUCAAGGCCAAAUAUAGCUCUGAACAGGCAUCACGCUGUCCGCCGGAUAUAGGAGAUAGGGCCUCUGGAGCGGUGUCUGUUGAAAGUUUAAGCAGUUUAACCAAUUAUUUUUGCGUAAUUAAUUUUGUGGGUUCGAUCGAUGAGACAAUUGUGUUUAAGAUCGAAGAAUAUCAAUUCAAAACUAGAAGAGGUUUUAUGGCUGUAACAUUUAAAGAUAACAAUAAUGCCUGGUUCACAAAGAAAUUGUCGGCAAAUGUGACAAAUAGUUUUGUCUCUCUAGCCACAAUCUCUGGGGCUGUUCUAUUACUUCAGAAUUCUGAUACACAAUUACAACGUUUUCGGGCAUCGUAUAGACGCCACAAAUGUGGCGGUGUCAUCCGCAUGGAGGAGUCCAUAAUUCUGGACUUUCCACGUGAAAAUGGCCUAGAUGAUGAUGAUUAUGGGGAAGUGGAAUGUGCUUGGUUAUUGACAAAUAGCAUGGGAUAUGAGUUAUUUGGUAAUAUUAGUCUUAGCGAUAGUUGUGAUAGAGAAUAUUUGGUAAUCUUUAGCGGAAUGUUAGAGGUGGCUCGUCUUUGUCGUGGUAUGGCACAGUUUAAUACAACCCUAUUACAAAAAUCAACAUCAAGGGUUAUAUAUCAUUCAUCACAAUAUCGAUCCGGUGGUGGUAAUGGUCGUCCUGGUCCUCGUACGCAAUUUACAAUACAAGCUCGACGGGCGACAGCCGCGAGAAUGGUAUAUGUCGGUCAAAGGGGUUCGCCGAUGAUUGAAAUAAAUUCCACAAAUUAUAGGAAUAAUAUGGAAUUAAGUUGGGAUUAUCAGACAAGUGAGGGUGUGUUUUUAGUUUUAGAAUUUCAUGGGCGCUUCUUUAUAGAAUCCUCACCCAAUUGCACUCACGAUCAAUUGCAGGUAUUGGGCUAUAAAAAUGGCUUGUGGCAAACGGAGAAAAUAUUUUGCGGUCGUGAAUUGCCAGCGAAUGUUGUGAUAAAUUCAUCAAAAAUUCGUGUCGUUUUCCGAACCAAUGCAAAUAUAACCGGAGACGGUUUUGCCUUCACAGUAAAGAAUACAUGUAAUACCAUAUUGAAGGCUACCGAUCAAUUACAGACCCUGACCAGUCCUCGUUGGCUGGCUUCAAGAGAUCAUAAAUUGAAUUGCAGUUACGAAAUUUACACAGAUACCCAAAAACAAUUGGUGAUCAAUGUAAAGUCAAAAGGUCCAGACGGUUGGUCCAGUAACAUGUGUAAAUCAUCCUAUUUCCAGGCGUUUAAAAUGCCUGAAAUGCCUUCUGAUGGUAUUCCUAGUGCAGCGAAUGAUGAAGAGCAGUUAAUCGAUCGUUUUUGUCCAAACUUUGAGGUGACUGGCUAUAAGAAAUUACGGCUCAAUUACAUAUCGACCAUGGUAAGAGGCUUCGAACUGCAAUAUCAAUUGUGGGGAUGCGGUGGCAAUUUUUCACAACCUUUUGAGUUACGCUCACCGAAGGGUGAAACAGCUGGCUUAUAUGCCAAUAAUAUGAACUGUGUUUGGCGUAUCACAGCGCCCGCGAAUCAGGCUAUAUUCAUAGACUUUAAAUAUCUAGAUUUGGAGAAGAGUAGAGAGUGUCACUUCGAUGAAUUAUCCAUUUACAAAGGCAGCUUAGCUAUUGUAGAGCAACGAGUAGCUAGACUAUGCGGCACUAUUAAUACUCCACCCACUAUUAUGGUGAACAGCAAUCAGGCUAUCAUAGUGGUCCGUACAGAUGAAAGCAAUAGUGGACGUGGAUUUUUGGCCAACGUACGUUUUACUACCAAUUGUAAUGAAGAUUUGGCCCUGAGCGAGGGCAAUGAUCGUCUAAAUUUAAUGCGUCACUAUCACAUUAAUAAGAGUGAGGACUUAAUUUGUUAUUUUCGGGCUAGCGUCCCACCAAAAUAUCGCAUUGCGAUUGAGCUGAAAACAUUAAAUUUUAAUAAUCAAGCAUAUUUAGAGGUAAUUGAUAGCAAACCAGAUAUCACUAGUUUGGGCAAAUAUUCGAAUAUCACUGGGAUUCGGCCAAAAUUCUUUAGUUCGUAUCAAGAUCUAUCCAUAUUACUUAAAUCGGGCAAUCAAAGUAAAUCGAGUAAUAUAAGUUUCGAGUUAAUUCUACAAAUGGAGCGUACAAUGUGUGGAGAUAAUGAUAUUCAAUUGAAUUCAAAUAAGAACUUUACAAUCCGUUUGCCAAAAAGGGAUGGAAAUAUAUCGAGCAUCCAUGAAACUGUUGGUGGAGGCGGCAUACACUGCACUUGGAAUAUUAAGUUUACGGAGGAAGUCGAAGUCCGUAUCCGUUGGUUGAGAGUCAGAGAAGUCUCCCAAAAAACGGGCAAAUGUGUGGAUUAUCUGCAAGUCUCAGGUUCUUUUCCUAGCAAAUAUUAUUGCGGUCAAUUGAAUGAUACUUAUGAAGUCAUUGAGAAAUAUUCGUCCGAUGAUUUUAAAUUGACAUUCCACACUGAUGAUCUGGAUGAGGACUCUGGCGUUGAAUUUGAGGUCAGCGAGAGAGUUGCUUGCAAUCGAACCUACACCGAAUUAAGUAGCUACAUCGUCUAUAACAGAGAAUAUCCGAUCUUUAAUUGUACCGAUUAUAUCCGAGUGCCCGAUUCGUAUACCUUAAUGCUUAGAAUUGUGGACGUUCAGUUUGUUUGGGGCGACAGUGCCAAAUACUUUAACGUAACCGAUCUCAAGGCUAACCAUACACUUUUAAAUAUAACUAGCAGCGAAUACACAGCCAUAAACAAAUUCACAACCACAAAUGAAUUGCUUUUGGAGAUGACGUCUAUUAGCAAUAUGCAAAUGUUCUACUAUGCUACUAACAAAAAUUUGCCCAGUGGUUGUGGUGGCUAUAUUACAUCGAUUCGGGGAACUUUGGUGAAUCCCCCUUAUGACAAUCGCAAUCAUUCUGUGUGCACCUGGAUAGUAGCGCCUUUAGCAAAUGUGGACAUAACAUUUGCCUUCUUGGAAUUCGACAUGGGCUCCGAAACUAACUGUCCAUUGGAUAAUAUAAAAUUCUAUGAGAUAUCGGUGGAUGGCAGCGAAAAAUUGCGGCAAACAUUAUGUGGACAAGGAUAUCCGGAAUCAUUUGCUAUUACCAGCAAUCAUGUUAAAAUUGUGGCCAAGAAGUCACCGAAUUUUGACGGCACAGGUUUUCAAAUAGAGUACUUACCAAAAAAUGAUUACGAUUAUUAAUUAAUUGUUUGGCUACACAUUGUGUUUAGUUAAAAAUAA